AUGAAAUUGGUUGAUAUUUUACUUGUACUGAGCGUGGCAGCAACCGCUAAUGCAAUACUGAUAUCGGCUGGUAACGAUGGUUCACUCCAAGCAUCAGGCACUUUCAGUCAAAGAACCUUUGAUCGCUUGAGAAAAAGACUCGAGUUGUCUAAAGAAAUACGAAACAAAAAACGCCAAGAAUAUCAUAAUUAUGCAGAAAUUGGAUUAAAACAAUGGUCGGCGUUAUCAAGAGGGAAAGAAAUACCCGAAUCAAAACACAGUCUAAAGGAUGAAAUCCGAUUGAAACAAGAGUAUGUAGCUGCAAGGAAUAGAGUACGCAGUGUCAGAAAUGAAUUGAAAAAGUAUAUGAAAAGGCAUGGUUUAGAAUUUCAAGAACCGAAAGCAGAUUCAGAUUGA